AUGUUCGAAGCCAAAUCUGAUUCAGAGUUAAUUACCAAAUCCGUGUUAGCCCGUGGAAUUCGCCAUGCCCGAUUUGCGAUGGAAAACAUGGGAAUUAUGGAUUGCAUGGCGAAUGGUAUAGAAAUGGAACAGAAUAUUGUCUUACCUGCAACAGUUCAAGCAAUAAAUUCAAAUACAUCAGGGCGACCGUGCUUCUCAGGAGAGCCAAACUACAAACAUGGCCAUACCAAGGAUGCCCUGAAAACUGGAGUAAGAAACGUAAAAGAGAGUAUAAAAGAGGGCGUAAAAACGGAUUUUUCCGCUUGGAAGAUUAUAAAGUGGAUCGGCACUGGGAUUGUUACCAGCGCUGGCUUAGUAUUAUUCGAUCUCAGCUUCGCCAACUGGUACAACCGCCGGAAUGAGAGGAUUAUUCUUCAUGCCUUUGAACAUGGUUCCUGUCCAGAACCUGAUGUUAUGCAGAAACAGCUGAUUUACCGUGAGGUUGUUAUCAAAAAACUGAGACGAAUUCUAGAGCCGAUCUCUGACCAUAGCUCUUACCACGUCGUUGUCGGGAACCACGGAACUGGUAAGACCACAGUGGUCCGGCAGUGUGCUAGAGAUGUUGGAAAAGGGGUCAUUUAUGUUGAUGUACCCCCUGUAUUGGAUAACUUCAUUGAUAAACUUGCAAAGGCUAUUGGAUAUUCAUUCAAGGAAAUUAUUACUGGUGUUUGCUCUACACUCACUUCUUGUUUUAUAGCUGAACAGCCCAGGUUUUUUCGUGUCCUGGAUGCCUUCGAGAGAGGAGCUAGAAAAUACAAG